AUGACAUCGGCACUUUCGACCAGACAGGGACUUCUGACGAAGGCAGCAAGCAGGCUGAAUUCGCUUCUUGACGACACUCAGUAUCAGCCACGAGACGGACCCUUGGAGACUCCAACAGACCACGAAGAGAGGAAGCAACGUAUUCGGACCGAACAACUGCGAUUACGGAAAGCAAGAAAAGUCAUCGAAAUGGAAGAGAAGAAUGUCGACACGGCACAAGCAUACAAUGAAGAAGUUGACACGUUGGCUGCGGAUACACCACAUCUUACCGACAUCAUGGAGAAAGUGAAGAACAAUUCAGCGAAGGCAGAGGAGCUUCUAGAAAAAGCUAUUCGCUCAAGAACUCGAAUAGAGGAAAACUUGGAAGAACUGGAGGCAGCAAUAUAUGUAGACACGUCAACACAGGACACACCAAGAAUCAAACUAGCACCCGUCCCGGUACCAACUUUCAACGGAAAGGUGUGGGAGUGGGAGUCAUUUUGGAGUGCUUUCGAGUACUCACUUCACUCAAGGAAUAUGGACGAUGUCUACAAAAUGAACUACCUCGUGAACGCGAUGAAAGGAGAAGCUCUGGAUUCGCUGAAGAAACUCGAAAUGAGCGGAAACACCUAUCAAAACGGCGGUCGAACAUUUGAAGUCCAAAUACGGAAACAAAGAACUCCUCGUUACGCAACUCGUGCGGCGCUUGGAGAAAACGAGGGCCAGAAGCAAGUGGAUGGAAGACCAACAGAAACUCUCAAAGGGGAAGGGAUUGAUGGAGCACUGCUUCAACAGCAAGUGCUUUCCAAGUUUACUGAAACUUCAGGACAUUUCUCCAGCGAAUGCACGAAGGGUGCAUGCCGCUUAUGCGAUACUGUCGGACACCACACAUCCAUAUGCAAAAAGCUUCACUCCUUGAGUACAAGCACCAGCCACCAAGAAACUGGCCCAAACAAAGGCAAAAACGCGCUCGCCAACUACAGUACGACAACAGAGCAACGUCAGGCAAAAUUUGGUGGCCACUACACCGACGGACAAAGCCCCGGACGAGUUCGAAACUGUGCUGUGUAUGAACAGCACUGCUACGUAUAG